AAAUUUCCCCUUUUUUUUUUUAUCUUUUCUGCUUUUCCUCCUCUUUUUCUUUUUUAUCUUUUUUUUUUUCUCAUAAAAACGCCGACCCGAACUCUCACCACCUCCCGAAAAGAGGAAGGAAGAAGAAAAGCCGGGAAAUUUUUGGAUUUUCUCGGGCUCGAUUAUUAUAUACCGAGAAUUCCCUCCCCCAUUUCAUUCCUUUCCACGUUUUUUUUUUUUUUUUAAUCCCUUGUAUAUAGUUUUCCCCGAAAAUCUUACGAUUUCCCCUUUAUUUUCCUUUUAAUUUCCUUUUUUUUUUUGGCUCCCGCUCGCCGGCGAUGCCUACGCCGGUCGGUGUGGCCAGGCAAUGCUUAACCGAGGCGGCCCACGCGCUGGACGAGGCGGUGGGCGUCGCGCGCCGCCGGGGCCACGCGCAGACGACGUCGCUCCACGCCGUCUCCGCCCUCCUCGCCCUCCCGUCGUCGGCCCUCCGGGAGGCCUGCGCCCGCGCCCGCAACUCCGCCUACUCGCCGCGCCUCCAGUUCAAGGCCCUCGAGCUCUGCCUCAGCGUCUCCCUCGACCGGGUGCCGUCCGGGCAGCCGGCCAGCGGCGGCGGCGGGGGCGGCGGUGGCGACGACCCGCCCGUGUCGAACUCGCUGAUGGCCGCCAUUAAGCGCUCCCAGGCCAACCAGCGCCGCCAGCCCGAGAACUUCCACCUCUACCACCAGCUCUCCAGCCAAUCCUCCAUGAACGCCGUCAAGGUCGAGCUCCAGCACCUGAUGCUCUCGAUCCUCGACGACCCGGUCGUCAGCCGGGUCUUCGGGGAGGCGGGUUUCCGGAGCUCCGAGAUAAAGCUGGCCAUCGUCCGCCCCUUGCCUCACCUCUUCAGGUACCCUCGAUCCAGGGCCCCGCCGCCGCUCUUCUUGUGUAACCUGAGCGAGAGUUCGGUCCCCGCUUCGGCCUCCGGCCGGCCCGGGUUCAACUUCCCGUUCUCGGUCUUUCCCGGGUUCUCGGACGGGGACGAGAAUGUCCGGAGGAUAGGGGAGGUCAUGGUGAGGAGCAAGGGGAGGAAUCCCCUGCUCGUGGGCGUGUGCGCUUAUGAGGCGCUCAAGAGCUUCGUGGACAGUCUAGACAAGAGAAAAGAUGGCUCGUCUUUGCCGAAGGAGAUUUCUGGGCUGAGCGUGGUUUGCAUUGAGGAUGAUGUUCCCAAGUUCGUGGGAGAGGGUUUCGAUAAAGGGUGUGUGGAUGUGAGGUUCGAGGAGGUGGGUGAUGCGAUAAGGCAGUGUUCGGGGAGUGGCGUGGUGGUCAGUUUUGGUGAUUUGAGGGCAUUGAUUUGUGACGGGGUGCGCGGUGACGCCGUGAGCUAUGUCGUGGAUCGGGUGACGAGGUUGUUGGAGGCGAACAAGGGGAAGGUCUGGUUGAUUGGGGCGGCGGCAAGCUACGACACGUACUUGAAGUUCUCGAGUAAGUUCCUGGCUGCCGAGAAGGAAUGGGAUUUGCAGAUUCUGCCGAUCACGACGCUGCGGCCGUCGGUGCCUGAAUCUUGCCCGAGGUCAAGCUUGAUGGAAUCAUUUGUUCCUUUUGGGGGAUUCUUCUCGACAUCCUCAGACUCAAAUAGUCCUGUGAUGAGCAUGUCAUACCAGUGUGUAACAUCCUGUCAUCUAUACGAUGACAAGUGUGAACAAGACAAUGUGGCAGCUAGAAAAGCAGGAUGUGCUUCAGUGGCAGAUCGGUAUCAGAAUAGUCUGCCUUCGUGGUUGCAGAUGGCUGAGCUUGGCAUAAAGGGAACUGACGUGAAGGGGAAGGAUGACAGCUCAGUGCGGAGCCCGGUGGAUGCUGAAUUGCAAAAUGAAUCGGAUGAAAGUUGUCGGCAUUCUCCUAAGGAUCAACCGCUUCAAAAUGUUUAUCAGGCGGGGUCUGAAGUUCAAAGUGUCGUGGGUUUUCAGUCUGCUGAGGAGAGACAGGAGACCACUGAUAAUCAAAGCCUCACUUUGAAAACAGAUUCAUCUCUACAAGAGACUAGAUGUAGAAGUGUGAGUUCAUGCACAUCCACAGAAUCCCGUAAAUUGAUGACUUCACAUAUAGGCGUCCACCUUCCUCCAAUUCCCAAGACUAAUAAGGAGAGUUUCUUGUCCAAGUUGUGGGAGAACCCUUCGAGAGUGGAAGGUAAGGGGGACCCAGGUGUAGCUGUGUCCCCCAAAUUCAGUGGCUCCAACUCAGUCAUCGAUGAUGAAAGUCGAACAUCUCCUGCUUCUGUGACUUCUUUGGCAACAGGUUUAGGCUUGGGAAUUUGCUCUCCCAUGAUGAUAAGGAAUUAGCAGUAUGCACAUCCCAGUCACUGUACAAUUCCAACUAGCGGUAAUCUAUUCAGCGGAUGCGCUUGUAAAAGUUUACCGGAAUCUUCAUCCAGCUCGUAUCCCGACACUGGCUAUCCACCUCAGCUGAGAGAUUUCAAGGAACUUUCUGGAGCUCUCAUGCAGAAGAUUGGUAGGCAAGUUGAGGCGAUAAAUGUCAUCAGUGAAAAAAUUGCUCUUUGCCAAUCAAGAAACAAGGACCGUUCGAGAGCCGGUUCUAGAGGGGACAUGUGGUUCACUUUUCUUGGUCUCGAUAAAAUUGCUAAAAGGAGAACUGCCGUCGCUCUCUCUGAGGUACUACCUGGAAGCAAGAAGGAUCUUAUCUUUGUGGACCUAGAUGCUCAACAUGAAAGUGGCCACGCCGACAGAAGCUUAGGUCAACAAAUGAAUCAGUAUGAUGUGAAAUACCGUGGAAAAACUGUAGUUGAUAUCAUUGCUGGGGAGAUGAGGAAGAAACCCUGGUCUGUUGUCUUGCUUGAAAAUGUGGACAAGGCUGAUGAACAGGUUCAGAGUAACUUGUCUCAGGCUUAUUUGACAGGUAAAUUUUCGGACUCACAUGGGAGAGAAGUCAGCAUAAAAAAUGCAGUGUUCGUGGCAACUUCGACUUUCACCAAGGCCGACAGAGUUCUACAUUCUGGGGAAGAAUCUGCUAAAUCUGUGGAAGAGAGAGUACUGGGAGCUAAGGGCCGGCAAAUGAAGAUAUUGGUUGAGGAUGCUCUUGGAGACGGCGCAAUUGACAAUCACCUUCUUGUAUCGAAUACAUCAGGAUCAAGCAUCACCAACCAGCUACAAGUGAACAAAAGAAAACUCACCGGUUCAAAUGGUAACGUAGUAUUGCGCGAGAAUUUACAGGUGGUCAAGCGACCGAACAUGACACUGAAUAGACAUCUCGAUUUAAAUCUCCCUGCAGAAGGCAAUGAAGUGGUAGUAGACGCCGAUGAUAAAAGCGCCGAGGGUGAUGUGAUGAAUGAUAACUCCAAAGCGUGGUUGCUAGAUUUCAUGGACCAGAUGGAUGCGACGGUGGUCUUUAAACCCUACGACUUCGAUUCCCUUGCUGAGAAAAUAUUCGAAGAGAUCAAAGAGAGUUUCCGCGAGACCGUCGGCCCCGAGUGCCUGCUGGAAAUCGACUCGAAAGUCAUGGAUCAAUUAAUGCAUGCCACUUACUUAUCGGACGGCGAAAGAACCGCGGUAGAAUGGGUGGAGCAAACCCUGAGCCGGGAUUUCGCGGAAGUCCAGAGGCGGCACAACCCCACGUCUCGUUCCGUCGUGAAACUCGUGGCCUGCGACGACUUCUUGUCGGAAGAGCAAGAGACCCGACCCGGCCUCCCCUCGAAACUCAUCAUCGACUGAGGGGUGAGAUAGUUUAGCGCGAUUCUCUUUUGAAUUAGACUGAUGUCAGUAGCGUAUAACGUACAUAGCGCAAGAGGGGGGAAAAGCUUUGUUUGGCCUGUUCAAUGCCCGUAGUUUUAGGAGGAGGAGGAGGAGGAGGUGCUCCUUUUUUCAAGGUUAUGGUUUUUGUGUAUUUGUGGUGUAUAAUCUGCAGUCAGGGGCUUUGUGUAUGUUCUUAGUUACUCAAAAAAUCAUCAGUUGGGUCUUAGUCUGUAUCAUCAUCAUCAACUGUGUCGCUUCUUUCAUAACUGAUGCUUUCAUUGAUUAACUAAA